AUGACGGGGAAGGUUCCCUCGUUCUCUCCCGGCUCCACAGUGAGCUCUGCUCUGCCCGGCUACGUCACUCUCUGCCUUGCUCUACAGGUUCACAGGCUGGUGUCAGCACAGUUCACAGUGACUGGAUCUGGCCAUCCAAUAACUGCAUCCCUAAGCAGGGAGGCCAUCCUGCCCUGCCACCUCUCCCCCAGAAUGAGCGCUGAGAACAUGGAGGUGAGAUGGUUCCGAUUCAAGUUCUCUGCAGUCGUGCACCUGUAUCGUGAUGGGCAGGAUCAGUACGGCGAGCAGAUGCCAGAAUAUCAAGGAAGAACUGAGCUUUUGAGAGACGAUAUUACCAAUGGGAGAGUUUCCCUGAGAAUACACGAUAUCCAACCCUCCGACAAUGGACAAUACAAAUGUUUUUUUAAAUCCAAUGUCUCUUAUGAAGAAGCUUUAUUGGAACUGCAGGUGGCAGGUUUGGGCUCUGCUCCUGCCAUCUCUGUGGAGGGACAUCAGGACGGAGGGAUCCGGGUUAUAUGUCGAUCAGCCGGAUGGUACCCACAGCCCAAGGCUCAGUGGAAAGAUCUCCAGGGGCAGGUCUUACCAUCAGCCUCUGAAAAAAUAUCCCCAGAGGCCAAUGGCCUGUUUCAAGCAGAGAUUGCCAUUGUUAUAACAGAAGAGUCCAACCAGAAAGUGUCCUGCUCUGUCAGGAACCCCCGACUCAACCAGGAGAGAGAGUCAACGAUUUCCAUAGCAGAGCUGUUUUUCCCACGAGUCAAUCCCUGGAUGGUGGCUCUAUGGGUGAUCCUGGCUCUCCUGGCUGUUCUCCUUCUCCUGGCCAGUUACUGCGUCUGGAGGCAACACAGAGCAAAAGAGGCUCUGCGGUCUGACAUGAAGAGACAGAAAGAGGAGUACGAGGCAGUGAAAGAACUGGGACUCACCAGAGCCCGAAGCUACGCAGUGGACGUGACUCUGGAUCCAGACACGGCAAAUCCCAACCUAGUCCUGUCUGAGGAUUGGAAACGUGCGAGACAUGGAGACACAUGCCAGGAUCUGCCCGACAACCCUGAGAGAUUUGAUAUGUACCCUGAAGUUCUGGGCGCUGAGGGGUUCGCGGGCGGGAGGUGUUACUGGGAGGUGGAGGUGAGGGAGAAGCCUGACUGGAUUCUGGGGGUUUGUAGGGAAUCUGUGAGCAGGAAGGGGAAGGUCACAGGCACACCUGGGAAUGGAUACUGGGCCAUGUGGCUGGAGGAAGGGGAAUACAAGGCCGGCACCUCCCACAGGACCCCCCUCCCCGUGAGCGUCAGGCCCAGCCGGGUGGGGAUUUUCCUGGACUAUGAGGUGGGCGAGGUCUCGUUUUACAAUGUGACUGACAGGUCCCAUCUCUUCACUUUCACUGACACCUUCUCCGGGAAGCUCCGCCCUUAUUUCUGUCCCUGUAACAACGCUGGGGGUACAAACGCGGCUCCCCUGAUAAUCUGCCCGGUCCCAGCUCAGGCUGGAGGGAAUCUUGGUCCCUGACAGUGACCCCGCGGCACAGACUGGCCCCUCCCAGCCCUGCUGCUCUUCC